AUGUUACCAGCUGCUGUGGAAAUGAGACCCACUCGGUAUUACUUCAGGGUUCCCUCACGGAACGGAACAAAAGGCGCACACAAUCGCCAUAGAGAAAAGAACCCUCCACCAAACAAAAAAAGCCCUAGAAAAGAUUUUGAAGAACCAAUUUCUCACUCCACAAAAUCUCAACCUCUUCUUUUAUUUUUUGUUUUGGAUAAAACGAAGAAAGGGACACGAGUAAUACAGGAGAGUGCAUUCCUUUCGGUUCUUCGGUUAAGGACACUAAUCUUCGAUGCCUCUGUGUUUUUUCUUCUCUUUUCUCAAAUUAGGGUUUUCGUGAGCGCUGAGGAAGGUGAUUUGUGUUUGGGCAAAAUGUCGCCAAAAUAUCAGAUUCUGGAUAAUCGCCCAAUUCAUCAGUGGAAGGUUACCGAGCUGAAAGAUGAGCUGAAGAGAAGGAAGUUAAGCACCAAAGGUUUGAAGGAUGAUUUGGUCAAGCGUUUGGAUGAAUGCCUUCGUCUUGAAAGGGAGGCUGAGGAGGCUUCUGAGAAGGAGGAGGAGGCCAAUGGUUUUGAUGGUCAUGUAGAUGGGAAAAAAGAUUCAGAGGCUGUUACUGUGGAUGCUGUAGUUGUUGAUGCAACUAACAAGGCGAGCACCAAAACAUUUGAGACUGCUGGUAUGGGGAAGAGUGAUGUAGUUCAACCGAUUGAAACAGAAAAUGUGGAAAAGGUUCCAGAGGUUGUUGUUCAAGAAAGCAGUAAGAAUGACAAGCAGGGUGGUGUUACUGGCCAACUUGACAUUAAUAAUAAUGUGCCAGAUAUGGAUCAAGAGGUUGAACAUAAGGGCUUGCCCGCAGCUGGUGGAGAUUCUGGAAAUGAGGGAGAGGAGUCAAUUACUUAUGCUUCUACUGUAGCGACCACCAUUACAGUCACUGAAAGUGUAGUAACAGAAGUGGUAGCCAGUGGUGAGGUUUCAUAUUGUGUAGAAAAGAAUAAUGAGGAUUCUGCAGCAAAGCUGGAUAAUGAGGAGUCAAAGGCGCAGCUGGAUGGUGAGGACACAAAGCCCCUACUGGAUUCUGACACAAAGCCCUUGCACGAGGAUCUUGUGCCCGACUCUUCUGUUCCAGAAAACCAGGUAUCUGAGGUCAACCCUAGUUUAGGGUCUCAAGUAAAAUCUGAUUCUAUUUCUACUGAUUCUGUGUCAAUUAAUCAAAAGAAUGAACUAAAGGAUACUAUAAUUACUGAUAAUGUCAAAUUAGAACAAGAUAUUGUUAAGCCGGAGAUGGUGGAAGAACCAUCAUCCAGAAAUGAUGUACCUGUUUCUUAUGAUGAAUCACAUUCAAUGGAUGUUGGAGGGCUGCAUGAGAAAAAGGCAUCUGUUGAAGAAAAUAUCAAUAAUGUUUCAAGUCCGGACUUGAACAAGACCAAUAGCAGUGAUGAUGUUGGGUAUCCAGAAAAAUUGAAUCUAGACAGAAGUUCUGGUGAUGAUUCUAUGGAAGAGGAUUUACCUGAGACUAAGCAAAUUGAUUCUAUGUUUAAUGUCGAUGAACUUAGAGAGAAAGUGGAGAGUAUUGAAGAGCCUAUUGUGAAGGAGGAAAGUAGUACUAUAGCUGUGGGGGAUGGUCUAUCUGCAGGAAAAAUUGAUGCCCACCAAGAUAUUGACAUCAGUCCUGUUGCCCCAACUGAGAAACGAAAAUUCCUUGAACAAUCAUUGGUUGGGAACAAUGAGCCGUCAAAAAGGCAACGCAGGUGGAGCACUGAAGCAGUUAAAGGUCUAGAUCCACAAAGCACUACUCCCAGGCCUGCUACUACACCUAGAGAUGAGCCAAUUGCUCUGAAACGCAAUCUCUCUAGGUCUGAUUCCUCUGCUACUGAUGACACACCUAAAGAACGCAUUGUUCCACCAUCACAAAGGUCCCCAACUAAUUCCCUCAGGAUUGAUCGUUUCCUCCGUCCAUUUACCCUAAAAGCAGUGCAAGAACUUCUUGGUAAGACUGGGAAUGUCCGCAGUUUCUGGAUGGACCAAAUAAAGACCCAUUGCUAUGUUACUUACUCGUCUGUUGAAGAAGCCAUUGAGACACGGAAAUCUGUGUAUAAUUUGCAAUGGCCACCAAAUGGUGGACGUCUCUUAGUUGCCGAGUAUGUUGAUCCUGAAGAAGUGUUAAUGAAGUUAGAACCUCCUCCUGCUCAGGUUGCUCCAGUAGUUCCUCCUGUGCCCCCCGCAUCACAGCCAGAACCUUCCCCUCGGCUGCACAGGGAGCAGCAUUCAGUUCCAACUACACUCCCACCUCCCCCACCAUUGUCAAAACCCCCACCAGUAGUAAGAGAACGGCUUCCAUCUCCACCACCCCUUCCAGAGAAAGUUGACCCACCUAUUGUCACUUUGGAUGAUCUCUUCCGCAAAACCACGGCAACUCCUCGGAUCUACUACUUGCCUUUGUCUGAAGAGCAAGUUGCUGCAAAACUUGCUGCACAGGGUAAAAGCAUGAGGCAGUAG